AGCAGAGACGAGACGACAUCACCAGCAACAGCCAGGCUCCGUCUAACAGGCAGCAGUUGUCUUAUACAAAAGCAUAAAACAUGCCUGGACUCCUGAGAACUAUCGUGAGUCGAGCCACUCCGGUCCUGCGGACCCAGGGUGUAACUCAGCGUGCUUUCCUACACUCUAAACCUGCCAAGGACAGCGUUGGUGCCAUGGAAACCGUUGUUGGACUUGGUUUUUUCUCCCUGGCGAUCCUGGGACCAUCUGGAUGGAUCCUGGCCCACUUGGAAGAUUACAAGAAGAGGGAGUGAAGUGGACAUUUUACCAGUCUUGUGUUGGAGGGCUCCAGGCACCACGUGGACCACAACCGUGUUCUUCAAACAUUAACCUGUUACUCUUCACUCCUCUACCUCUCUGCCACUGCAUCCAACUAGACAUGGUUCUAAUCUGAUUGAGAGAAUCAUGUGUUUUAUUCCUGUUUUAAUGAUUAAACUUUAAACUCAAUUGUA